AUGACGACGAAACAGACGACUUUACAACGCGCCUCCCUGGUGGCAAAAUCAUCGAACACUGCGUCGACGUCGUAUUCCUCCUCUUCCUCUUCUUCCUCCUCCGCUCUCAAAGUGUGUUGUAAAGGAGGGAGAAGAAACAGACGAAUUCUGACGCAAAGGAUGCGAGCGAAAAGGACAACCGCGGGAGGGGAAGCAGACGACGAAGAAGAAGAAGAAGAAGAGAAGAACACGAUGAUGAUGCAACAACAAGAAGAAGAACAAAACAACAAUAACGAAAGAAAAUUUCACCCGCGAAUGUUUGUCCCUUUCCCGUUGUCCUGGGGAUCGGUGAAACUGGACGCGUCCGAUCCGUAUUACGAUCAAAACAGACAGAAACAGUUUUCGUCGACGGCGACGCCGAAAAUGGUGUUCAGCUCGUUCGCGUUAGCGGUGGUCGUGUUCAACGUCCCGUUCGUGGCGCAGGUUUUAGCGAAAGUGAACCCUCUGUUCAGUGGUUUUUUGAACGCGUUGUCGUACGGGUUUAACGUCCCGAUUUUCAUCAAGUGUUCGACGGCGAUUUUUAAGAUUUGCGUGUUGUGCGUGGUCGUGAGCAAGUUGAUUUUGAAGAAACGUUUGCCGUUGGAAACGCCAGUGGUGGUGAGUAAAUUAGCGUUUAACGUUUUGUUGCCGUGUUAUUUGUGCACGAGAGUCGCCGGGACGUUAACGAAGACGCCUUUGAACCAAUCGCUGAUGGUGUUGCCGUUUGGCGCGUUGUCGCAAGUCAUCGCCGGGACGAUUUGUGGGGUGGUGUUGACCAAAUUAGUCGUAACGAUGGCCUCGUUACAGAAGAAGAAAAGUAGUGGGGGUGGUGGUAAUAGAGCGAGCAAUAACAACAACUCGAUAUCGGCGGCGGCUAUCGAUAUCGAGUGUAAAGACGACGUGAUGCCACGUUUAGGCUUAGCCGCGUGCGCGUUUGGGAACACGUUUACGCUACCGCUCGUGUUCUUGACCGAGGUUUUAGGCGCGGCUAAUGCAGAUGUCAUUGCGGGGUACAUCGCUUUAUAUUUAGUCGGUUGGACGCCUUUGUUAUGGACGGUUGGGUUCUUAAUCAUUGCCGGUCCAGCCAUGAGCGACGCCAUCGUGCGAGAGAAGAAUCCGGUGAAGAAAUGCGCCUUGCAAAUCCGAGAAACCGGGAAACGAAUCGUGAACGAAUUAGCCAAUCCGCCGUUUUUGGCGAUGGUUUUAGGGGUCAUCAUUGGUACCAACGCGCCUUUGAGAGAGUUUUUGGUGCCUGGGGCGAAAGCGUUCGCUGCUUCUACUUCGUCGGGAACUUCCAUCGCAACUAUCGCCCCUCUGGAAUUCUCAUUCAUCGCCGGCGUGGCCAAGGCUAUUUACGAACUCGCCGUUAAUAUUGGCGCCGCCGCAUUACCGAUGCAAAUGCUCGUCUUAGCCGCCUCGCUCGUUAAAGUGAAGAAGGAAGAUUUAAUCGAGCAAGAAGUCAUCAACGACGCCGCGGACGACGACAUUUUCCGAGCAGAAGACGCGUCGUGGAUAACGGGGAAAACCAAAGCUUCUUUUCUCAUCGAAAAAGCGACUGAAAUCGUCACCAACAUCCGAAAAGGAUUAGUCAUGGACGCUCCAGACUUCAAAGCCUUGUGCGUCGCCUGCGUCACGCGCUUCAUCGUUCUUCCCAUCGUCUGCGUCUCUGGAUUUCUCGCGUUGAAAAAUUUCUUUCCGCAUUUAAUUCCAAAAGACAAAAUCGCCCAAAUGGUCUUACUCACCAUGUCGUGCAUGCCUGCGGCGCAAAACUUAGUCGUCUUGGCGCAGUUAAGAGACGAAACUAGAGUGUUUGCUCCGCAAUUAGCCGGGUUGAUGUUGCGACAGUACAUCUUUGGCAUUUUGCCGUGCACGUUGUGGAUAACCGCGUUUACCAGGUUGGUGGUUUAA